AGGACAGCGUGGUUUAACAUCACAGUGUUCUCUGGUCAGUGCUACACAGACAUGGAUGUGUAUCUAUCAACUUGCUAUCUGGGAGAGUCCUGCGAAAAGUAUACAUGCACGUCGGACCACAGCAUCCCACAAAACUUCACCAAACUGAAAUAUACGUGGUACAAGAACUGUGACACAGAGUUACCCUCUGACUUUGGCGAUGGAUACCUGGAAAGUGCUACUGAGAGUGACAGUGGUUACUAUACCUGCACUUCAUACUAUACAUACAACUCAAACCUCCAUGAUGGACAGGUGUUUACCUUGUCCAAAACCAUGGAGCGGACAAUUAAACAAGGAAGUUCCCAUUUAAAGCCAAAGAUCAUUAGCCCUCAGGAUGGGGAGUUUAUUGAAGUACAUAUGGGAUCCACUGUGGUGGUGGUCUGCAGGGCUGUCCUGUCCUCUGAAUUUGACUCCUUCCACUGGAUGGAAAACAUAUCUUUUGUGGAGGAGAACAUGGAGGCCCUACCAGUGUUUUACAAUACUUCACAAGAGAAUGGCCAUCACCUGGUAUCGCUGGUGAUCAGGCAGGUGUCCGAGGAGCAGCUGAGGAACAGAUACACCUGUAAAUUGGAGUAUCCAUCUGGGACCUCCAACGUCUCUAUCACCUUCAAACAGAGGAGUCCACCCCAGUUUCACUUCCUGGUGCUGGGUAUAGUAGGGGUCUUUGCCGUGACGGUGGUGGUGGUGACUGUUGUCUAUGUCAAGCUGAAGGUGGACAUCAUUCUGUUUCUCAGAGAUGAUCUGGGUUGGCAUCAUCACAACACCGCUGAUGGGAAGCGUUACGAUGCCUAUGUGUUGUGUUAUAAGAGUGACUCAGAGUCAGGCGUCAGUGAGGAGGACAGGCGUCAGGUGGAGGAGGUGCUGGAGGAGGAGUAUGGCUACAGCCUGUGUCUCUACGACCGUGACGUGCUCCCUGGGGAGGGUGAGUCAGUCCACUGUCCUCACAUCGGUCCUCAUACUGGUGUGUGUGUGUGUGUGUGUGUGUGUAUGCACUGUUCUUGUACCUAUUCCUGUUUCUGUUCCUUAUCU